AUGGAGGUGACCAGUGAUCGACAGUCUUCGGCAGCGCCAACCUCCAUGGAACUCGACUCCUCUGCGGGAGCCGGCGUCGAUAAGCUUCCUCCUAAGCCAGAAUUCGCUGCUCUCUCGGCGCAAGAGAUGGAUGGGAAGGUGGAGUUUCGAAGAAUUCCGGUCCCUCCCCAUCGGUACUCUCCGCUGAAGAAGAACUGGAUGGAGAUGUACACCCCCGUCUACGAACAGAUGAAGAUCGAUAUCCGCAUGAACCUCAAGGUGAUCUCUUCUGAUCGACUCUCUGUCAAUCGACCAGCCAGUGUCUCUGGUGUUCUUCAGUGAAUGUUCUAGCCCGAAUCUCGAGCUAUGUUGAUCGAUGUUCAUGGAUUUCUGAACUCUCUCAGGCUCGGAAGAUCGAGCUGAAGACCAGACGGGACACGCCGGAGGUGGGCAACCUGCAGAAGUGCGCUGACUUCGUGCACGCCUUCAUGCUCGGCUUCGACGUUGCGGACGCCGUCGCCCUCCUCCGCCUGGACGACCUCUACGUCGAGUCCUUCGAGAUCCAGGACGUGAAGACGCUGCGCGGCGAGCACGAGAAGAGGGCCAUCGGCAGGCUCUCGGGCAAGGGGGGGAAGACCAAGUUCACCAUCGAGAACUGCACCCGCACCAGGAUUGUCAUCGCGGACAGGAAAAUCCACAUCCUCGGCUCCUUCGUCAACAUCAAGGUUGCCAGGGACUCCCUCUGCAGUCUGAUCUUGGGCUCCCCGGCGGGGAAGGUCUACUCCAAGCUCCGAUCCGUCACCGCCAGAUUGGCGGAGAGGUGUUGA